CAUCAACCAUAUCAAAAUAUAAACUGAAAAAUAGAUGUGCCGAAUCUGCUGCAGUGAGUGGUCUGAGCAUAGUCAAAAAGCAAGAUGGCGGCACCCUCAAAGCAGUAUGGGCUUAUCCUGCCUCAAAAGAAAGGAUUGUCCAAGACCGCAGCACUUCCCAGACCCUCGGUGUUUGGAGAUGACUCUGAUGAUGAGACAUCAGUUGGUGAAACAUUACAGAAAGAGGCAGUGAAGAAGAAGAUGAUGAAGCAGACAAGGUUGGAGAUGCAGAAGGCCCUAGAUCAGGACAGUACAGUAUAUGAUUAUGAUGCUGUGUAUGAUGACCUUCAAAAACAAAGACAAGAAAGUAAUAAGAAAAUACUUGGAGGAACAGAUAAAAGACCAAAAUAUAUCCACCAGUUGAUGAAAGCAGUGGAAGAGCGAAAAAAAGAACAAGAACGGAGAGAGGAGAGGAAGAUCCAGAAGGAACGUGAGGCAGAGGGGGAGCAGUUUGCUGAUAAAGAGGCGUAUGUCACCUCGGCAUACAAACAAAAACUUCUGGAGAGGAAAGAGGAGGAGGAGAGAGAGAAAAGAGAGGCAGCUCUAGAAGCGGCAUUAGAUGUUAAGAAGCAGCAGGACCUCAGUGGUUUCUACCGGCACCUUUUGAAUCAAACUGUGGGAGAAGAGACUGUCCCGGAUCAUUUAGCACAAAAAAACGAAAGUUCCAAACCUGCAGAAGACACUGAAAUGACAUCGCCUGCCCGGUCACCUUCACCCAAAGACAAAAGUGACAGUGACAGUGAAGAGAUUCAAGAGCAGAAAUUUGGGUUUAACAAGCCACAUUCAAAACGCCAGUACAGACAGAGGUCCCCUUCGUCGGGCAGUGGAGACGACCGGAACCAGGACAAGGACGACAGGCGGAAAAAAAGUCACCGAGAUCAAGAUAAAGGAAGGGAUAGAGAGAGGGAUAGGCACCGGGAGAAGGAGAGAGAGGAGAGGCAUAGAGAAAGGGAGCGAGACAGGCAUGGAGGACGCAGUGAUGAAUCUGAUAGACGAAAAGACCGAGAGAGGAAAAGAGAGAAGGACAGAGAGAGAGAUCGGGAGCGAGACAAAGAAAGGGAUAGGGAGAGGGAUAAAGAAAGAGACAGAGGGCGAGAGAGGGAGCGAGACAGGGAGAGAGACAGGGAGAAGGAGAGAGACAGGGGGCGAGAGAGGGAGGAUAAGCACAAUAAAAGAGAAACAAGUCCAAAAGCCCGAGACCACCAUAAGAAUGAAGAGAAGGAAAAGAGAAGGCACUUGGACAAUGACAAACAAAAAGAUAAAGAUCGGGACAAUAAAAAGGACAAGAAGGAUACAGAAAAAGAAACGCCUGCUAAAACUGAACCAAAAAAGAGACAAGACAUAGAACCAAAAAGCCCCCAAAACAGUCAACAAACUGAAUCAAAAAGUUCCCCAAACAAUCAAGAAACAAGGGAAAACCUUAAAGAAAAGGAUGAAAGGAAGGAUGAAAAAGAGGGUGAAGGGGUGGAAAAGGAAAGUAAGUUUGCAAAACGCAGCACAGAUCAAAGUGUGGGAUCAGCAAGAGAGCGGUAUCUGGCGAGACAAAUGGCACGGGCCGGCUGUAAGAGCUACAUUGAGAAGGAGGAAGACUGAAACAGGUCUUAUCGGACAUGAGUAAACUGAUCUUGCAUAACAAAAUGACCACUGACAGAUCAUCUUCGUAUCUGGAAGUGGGAUAUUGUAUUAGAGACAAUAAACAUUUGGCCUUGAAGUAGAAUGAGUGUUCCUAGGUCUACAGUGCUCCAUAUUUAUCAAAAGGGGUUGAAGGAGAAAAAAGGUAAUGAAUUAGUGAUGGCAAAGACAAGUAGAACUGUACUGUAGUGAGGGAUGGGCAAUUUAUAUUUUCCAAUACAAAACUGGGCUAAAGCAUGCCUGCAAAUUUCUUGAAAAUGAAUGGACUGUAAAAUGAAACCUAUAAGUGCAGAAAUAUCUCUUCAAGUUUCUAAUUUCUCCAGAAAUCUGUUGAACCUUUUUUGGUUGUUUAAAAAAUUUGCAGUUUGGAUGUAAUUGAUUUUGUAAAUAUGUGUAAAUGUAUUUUAUAUUAAAAAAAUAUGUGGCAAAUAAAUACAAAUGUAAUCUGG